AUGUUUCUAUGUUUCUAUGACCCGAAAGAUCGCAUAUUCCUUUCCUCCAGAGAGGCUGCCUGUCUCCGCUGAGUUACUCCAGCAUUCUGUGUCUAUCUUCAAUCAUACCCAACCCAGUCCUCUUUCGCUUCAGUCUGAAGGAGUGUCCCGUCCCUAAACGUCACCUGUGUCUUCUCUCCAGAGAGGCUGCCUGUCACCGCUGAGUUGCAGCUCCAGCAUUCUGUGUCUCUCAUCUCCAUAGUUAUGAGUUCCUCUGCAUUUUAUCAUUGUUCUUGAUUAUGAACAAGGUGAUCAUUUCCUUUCCAGUCCUCAUCGCCGAAUGGAAAGGUGACUGUUUCAGGGUUUGGUCUAUGGCUGUAGCGGUCAGCAGUGCGUCAUGAAGGUGAGCGAGGUGGGAAGGGUUUGGGGUGGAGGGAGGUGCGGGCGGAGGCGGCGAGUCCCACACAGUCUCACAGUGUCUCGGCGCUCAGUCGCUGCCUCGAUGUAGUGCGGCGCUUGUCCCAUCGCUCCCUCCGGCUGCCGGAGUCAGCACAGUCUCCAGGAAGAGUAAAGGCUUGCACCUCCUCCUUGGGUUCUGGCUGUCGGGAAGACGGUCACCAUGAGCUCCAGCAACGUCAGCGCUUCCAUGGAGAACGCCGACUUGCCGCUCUUCUCCAUGGGGCCAGAAGGUGUGGUCGUACCGGUGAUAUUUGGCUUCAUAUUUCUUCUGGGCAUCACUGGGAACACUCUGGUGUUGGUCGUCUUGGGACGGACCAAGUCGAAGAAGGCGCGGAGUACAACCAAUGUCUUCAUUCUGAACCUCAGUAUCUCCAGCAUUGCCUUCCUGGUCUUCUGUGUGCCAUUCGAAGCCACUAUCUACACGCUGCCCGGCUGGAUCUUCGGCGCUUUCCUCUGCAAGACGGUGCACUACUUUAAAAUGGUCACCAUGCUGGUGAGCAUCUUCACCAUGGUGGCCAUGUCGGUGGACAGAUACAUCGCCGUGGUCCGCUCCAUGCGCCCCCCGUCCAUCAGGACUACGAGGAACGCCACGAUCGGGGUGGGCUUGACUUGGUUGCUGUCUUUGUUGGUUGCCGUCCCCGUAGCUCAGCAACAGACCCUGCAGGGACACACCAGAGCGCCCAAUAUCUCCUUCUGCUGGAACUCGUGGCAGAACAACCCCGAGGAACGCGUCUACAAAGUUGGCAUCUUGGUGAUCGGUUACUUGCUGCCUCUUCUGCUGAUCUGCUACUGCUAUGCCAAGAUCUUGUUCCAUCUCCACAAAAAGAUGAGGAAUGUUUCAAAAAAAUCAAAGCGCUCCAAGAAAAAGACUGCCCAGACAGUCAUGCUAGUUGUGGCCACUUUUCUUCUGUCUUGGCUGCCUCAACACAUCAUAACCAUGUGGGCCCAAUUUGGAAAUUUCCCGAUGACUGAUGCAUCCUUUGCAUUCAGGAUCAUCUCGCAUUGCAUGGUGUAUGGAAAUUCCUGCAUCAAUCCCAUAAUAUAUGGAUUCCUGUCGGAAAACUUUCGGAAAGCCUGCCAUCAGGCCUUUGUGUGCAAAUUCCCUUCCCCACAUCCCAUUGAGGAAAAAGUUGUCAGGAUCCGCAUGGAAAACUUCUCUGCUGCCUCUACAAGUACAAACGCUUGAAAGCAUUGCCUUCAGAUGCGUCCACCAGACGAACGCACAGCCUGUGAAUAUGCACAUCCAUCUAGAAUGCAAACAACGAUGAUAGCAGAUGUCUGCAUUAUACAGACACCUAAUGCUGGGAUCAUAAACUAACUCCAUCAUAGUUAGAUUAACAUUGGUCAUAAAUCAUUCAAUGUGAACAGAUAAUGGCAACUAUACUGGAGCACGUUACAAAUGUUGACUGGGUAUGUACUUCACACUCUUGUAAAACAGGAGACAUGCAUUGAGAUUUAGCAGUUGGUAAUAAGUGGAAUUCUGAACAGAUGCAAAAGAAAGGUUCUUGAAUGGUAAGCUUUGACUAUCACUGUGACAUUUUCCCAUUUUAGAAUUUAACACAUUUUUGGUUAUUGUUUGUAGGUGUCUAAUCAAUAAGCCCACUUCGCAGUUCAAUCUGGGAACUGAUCUCCAUUUGAAUUCUUUCAGAUUUCUAAACCAGCUUGUAAAUGAUUCUUGUGCAGUUUGAUUUCGCUUUACGCUCCAGUUCGACUCAAAACUUGGUGACAGUGCUUAAAAAUAUGUUUUGAAUUAGAAUUCAUAAACCUGUUUAAUUUUUCCACCUUUAUCUUAUUAGAGCAAGAAUACUCAAAUUAUAGCCCAGAGGCCAACAUUGUCUUGGGAGAACAUUUGGAUUUUCUUGCUAAGGUGCCUCUGAUAUUAUGCCAUGUAUAAGGUCUAUGGUAGACCAUUGUUUAUGAUCUCCCACACUGGUCACACAGGGUAGGUGGGAAGAAAUGACAGAGAAUGGUAUGGGUUAGGGUUUAGAUUUAUGAAUUGGAUGUGGGGGCUGCCAGGGAGAUGGUAAAGAGUCAUUAGACCUGGUAAGGUGUAUACAAGUAGAAACAAGCAACUGCAGUUGCUGGUUUAUACCAAAGAUAGACACAAAGUGGUGGAGUAACUCUGUAGGUCUCUGGAGGAAAAGAAUAAGAGACGUUUCGGGUCAGCAAAUGUCUUCAGAAUAUAAGAUAUAAGGUUGGGUAGAUGAUCAUAGGGACCAGAUGGAUAAUGGGGUAACACAGAUAAUUGGAAAGUCAUUAGGAUCAUUGAGUCCUAGCAGUACAACCAACAGUCACCAUGAUGAAGG